AUGGAAUACUUUCUAGUCUUUAUUUGUCUACUUAAAUCUCUUUUACAUGUCUUUACCCAAUGCACUGUUCCAGCCUCAGAGUUUCAUCUGGGAGGAGAUUAUUUGAUAGGUGGACUUUUUGAUAUUCAUCAUGGUUCUGGCCCUGUUUAUCAGUACAGACCAGAAGCCACCGACUGCUCCAGUCAAUUAUUCAUUCUGUCAAGUUAUCGGAGGUUUCAGUUGAUGAGAUUCUCUGUAGAAGAAAUCAAUAACUCUACCAACCUCCUGCCAAAUGUGUCUCUUGGCUUUGAGAUAUUUGACCUCUGCUCAGAUAUACACAGUUUCCCAGGAACUUUCAAACUCAUCUCUGCUGAUGGCUUGCCCCAUCCAUGGAGUGGACAAUGGAAGAAUAUGUCCAAUGUAAUAGCAGUGGUUGGCCCUUUUUCAAGUACUGACACCCUGACUGUAGCACCACUGUUCAUGAUGGAUCUCAUUCCUAUAGUCAGUUAUGGAGCUGCUGCCUCUGCCUUUACAGAGAAAGCUAAAUUUCCCUCGUUUCUACGAACAGUGCAUUCCAACAAAAACAUCAUAGAAGUGAUUGUUAACAUCAUACUGCACUUCAACUGGCGUUGGGUGGCUUUUCUCAAUAGUGAUAAUGAUUUUGGAAAAGAUGGACUGACAUUGUUCUUGAAGAGAAUUACAGAGACUGAGAUCUGCUUGGCAUACACCAAAGACCUCAACGACAAUACAAAUUAUGUACAAAUGUUCAAACAAAUAGAAGCACAAAAAGUACAUAUCAUUAUUGUUUUUGCUCCAAAAUUGGCUGCUGAAGCUGUCAUUGAAUCAGCAAUACAACUGAAUAUCACAAAUAAGGUGUGGAUAGCAGCGGACACCUGGUCCUUAAAUAAGAAGCUCCCCAAAGAGAAAGGAAUCAAAAAUAUUGGAACUGUACUUGGGGUGUCUCAGCCAGUAGUGACGAUACCGGGUUUCAGUGAUUUUAUUUAUUCUGCAAAAAGCCAGAAUCAUUGUGAAAAUGAAGAACAACAUAUGUUUUGUAAUCAGGAUUGCAACUGCAGUAACCUGAGCCCAGAAGAUAUCCUUACAGAGGACCCAUCUUUCUCUUUUCCUGUUUAUUCUGCUGUAUAUGCCAUUGCACAUGCCUUACAUAAUACCUUGCAAUGUGGAUUUGACCAAUGUAAUGAUAAUAUUACAGUGUACCCACACAUGGUUCUAGCAGAGCUGAUGAAGUCAAACUUCACACUUUUAAACCAAAGUAUUGAGUUUGAUGAGAAUGGUGGCGCCAAGUUCGGAUCCUAUUCUAUAGUUUUCUGGAAUCAGAGUGGCGACGCAGAGGAGAUAGGCUUUUAUCAUUUUCAACCACGGACUAAUUUUUUCAUCAACAGAACGAAAAUUAAUUGGUACAGAAAUGAAGUACCUACUUCACUGUGUUCCCCAGAAUGUGCUGUAGGAUAUGCAAAAAAAAAAGAUGGGAUCCACAAAUGCUGCUUCAAUUGUGAAAUCUGUCCAAAUGGUACUUAUAUCAACAGCACAGAGGAUCCCUACAAAUGCAUCCCCUGUAAGGACACAGAAUGGUCUGCAGUAGGAAGUACAUCAUGCAAUUUGCGAGUGGUGGAGUACAUCCCAUUCACAGACAGUGGGGCUAUCCUGAUCAUGGUUGGGACCUGGGCCUUGGUAGGUCUCACACUAGCCAUGUCUGUUCUCUUUGCCAUAAACUACAACACACCUGUUGUCAGAUCUGCUGGGGGACCAAUGUGCUUCCUAAUUUUAUGCUGCCUCAGUCUGUCUAGUCUUAGUGUGUUCUUUUACUUUGGUACUCCAACAAUGUCCUUUUGUAUUUUAAGGUUCUUGCCAUUCAUUUUAUUCUACACUGUUUGUCUGGCAUGUUUUGUUGUUCGUUCUUUUCAAAUUGUUUGUAUUUUCAAAAUAGCUGCUAAGUUCCCCAAGCUCCACAGUUUGUGGAUGAAAUAUCAUGGACAAUGGCUGGUCAUCACUGUGGCAUUUGUAAUUCAGGCACUCUUACUUGUUAUCAGCUAUUCUUGUGCCCCACCCAAGCCCUACAAUGAAACAUUUUGGUACCCAGACAAAAUCAUACUUGGUUGUGACAUUAAUCUUAUAGCAUCCUCUGGUCCUGUGGCUUUACUUUUAUCGUUGUGCUGCCUUUGCUUUAUUUUUUCCUACAUGGGAAAAGACCUCCCAAAAAAUUACAAUGAGGCCAAAGCAAUAACCUUCUGCCUGCUCCUGCUGAUCCUCAUCUGGAUCACCUUUGCCACUGAAUACAUGCUUUACAAUGGCAAGUACAUCCAAACUCUCAACGCACUGGCAGUACUCUCUAGUCUCUAUUCAUUCCUGUUGUUUUAUUUCCUCCCAAAAUGUUACAUUAUAAUUUUUCAGCCUGACAAAAAUACACAACAGUACUUCCAAGGUCUCAUUCAGAAUUAUACCAAAACAAUUAGCCAGUAG